AAAGGAACUGACUCGGACUGGCUAUGUUGCGAAAUCUAUUUUUCUCAUUUGUGGAUUAGGGAACAAGAAGUUGUGUUUGUGGAAUUAGGCAUACUAACGUGAUUUUAUAUUUGAAAGGAAAAGGACUCCAGAGCGCGAGGAUGGCUGUGUUGGUCUCGAGGGACCUGUCAGUAAGCGUGACGACGGACGUCAACGCGGCUAAACUGACAGACAGACGGCAGGCUCUGCGCGAAAGCAUCCAGAAAGGCGAGGCGAAGGCAUUGGGGGUGUCCCAGGUAAUGAUUGGGGUAAUGGUGAUGUCCUACUCCAUCCCCCUCCUCUCCACUGAGUUCACAGAGGUCGUGACCUUUGGGGUGCCUUGGUGGAGUGGCCUAUCGUUCAUAGCAGCAGGAGUCGUUGCCAUAGUGAUGGAGAAACAAAGCAGUAUGAAAUCGCUGAGUGUGUGUAUGGUGGUGACACUGGUGGUCAGUUUGGUUUCUCUCCUGGCCCUCAUCUUCUACUUCAUCGAUCUCCACAACAACCCUGAGACACAGUGUAACCACCCCACGGACCACCCAUCAUACUACAUGCAGGAGUUGGAAUGUGACCACCAGCACUACGCCACUAUGUUCAGUUACGGAGUAAAGUCAUGCCUCCUUCUCUUCACCAUCAUCCAGAUCACCAUCUCCUCAACGCUCUCUUACAUCCUGUACAAGGAGAGGAGGAGUUACGGACCCUACUCAUCUCUCAAUCAAGAUGUUGCCUCGACUCCCAUAAUGGUCACUGCCCCCGACUUCAACUGACCAAUAACAGCUGCAGACAGAUUUCCACCAAUUCCCCUGUUAUGAUAAUGAUGAUUUGUCCGCCACAGAUGGUUUGUUUAAGUUUCUACCAUUGUGGCUUGAUGUUAUGUCUUUGAAUGUGUAACAUGAAAUUGUGGAAUUGAUAUGGAUGCAAUUCCAUAGUAUGCAGUGUUUACUACAAUGCAGUGCUAAAUAUUGGUUUAAUUUUCCCUAAAUUCCUCAUUUGUUUUGUAUAUUUUUACCUAAAUAAAAUCAUUUAUAUCAAAAAUA